CUUGUUUUGCCCUUUUUGGCCCAAUGUGAAAUGUGCGUGCUGUUGUUGAUUUUCUCGUUCGCGGUGUAGGGUUGUUCAUGCAUCCUUGAUCUUCCUUCUCCAUUCUCCGUUUCCUUUUCCUUGGUGGCAGUGUUUGCAGACGCGUGCUCAGUACUUGUUUGAAGGAAUGCCGCGUGCGAAGGCUGUUCUUUUGCUAAGGUGAAAUGAGACAACGUUGCUUUCUCUAGUUGCAGAUUUGUUCUUGCUUGUCCGCCCUUGGCUGGCUCAGUUUCACUGAAGGGUGCUCGGUGAUCGUUUGAGUGAACGCCAGCAUGACGAGCUUGGGUCUUGGAAGCGUCCUUCACUUUGGGAAUUCCAUUGGAGCCUCGUAUUUUGGUAGGAGUAGCAGCAUGCUGCUCUGUCAUCGCAGAAAGCGCUUCAGUUCUUCUCCACUUAUAACAAUGGCUCAACAAGCAAAUGAACAAUUGUUGGUGGUGGUAGGUGGUGGUGCGUCUGGAGUCUAUGCUUCACUAAGAGCUAAAUUUAUAGCACCACAUCUUAAUGUGCUGGUUAUUGAGAAGGGGAAGCCAUUAGCGAAGGUUAAAAUUUCUGGUGGAGGCCGAUGUAAUGUAACAAAUGGGCUUUUUUUUGACUCAGCGGGACUGGCGGAUAAUUAUCCUAGAGGAAAUAGAGAACUGCGGGGCUCCUUUUUCAAUAUUCAUGGACCAAAGGACACAAUACGCUGGUUCUCUGAUCGUGGAGUUGAGCUUAAGACGGAAGAGGAUGGAAGAGUUUUCCCCGUCAGCAACAGCUCAGCAUCUAUAGUGGAUUGCCUUCUCAGUGAAGCAAAAAGUCGUGGAGUUGUACUGCAGAUUGGAAAAACCGUUUCAGAUGUGUCAUUGAUUGAUGGUGAACAGUUUCUUCUGAAGGUGGAGAAACGCACUAUGAAUUUUGUUGAAUACAUUAAAGCUGAUUAUGUACUAAUGGCCACGGGUAGCAGCCAACAGGGUUACAAAAUUGCUGCGCAACUUGGUCAUUCUAUCAUAGAUCCAGUACCUAGCUUAUUCACAUUUAAAAUUGAGGACACACAAUUGCCAAGUUUAUCUGGGGUCACAUUCCCAAGAGUUAAAGCAAAGUUGAAAUUGAAAAGUAUCCAGAAAAACUUACCUGAAUAUACACAGGUUGGACCUAUGCUAGUAACCCACUGGGGUCUUAGUGGGCCUGUAAUUCUCCGCUUAUCUGCUUGGGGAGCACGCGAACUCUUCCUUUCCAAUUAUACAGGAAUACUUUUGGUAGACUUUGUACCUGACAUUCAUUUAGAGGAUGUGAAGUACAUCCUUUGCCAGCACAAAGACCAGCUUGCAAAAACUAAGGCAUGUAAUUCGUUUCCUACAAAGUUCAACUUGGUAAAACGAUUUUGGAGAUAUUUACUGGAACGCGAGGGUUUAGAUGCAGAUAUAUUAUGGGCUUCUAUUUCAAAUAACCAUUUGAAUUCCAUAGCUCUAUUGUUAAAGCAAUGCCCAUUUGGAAUAGCAGGAAAAGGUCAAUUUAAAGAUGAAUUUGUCACUGCUGGAGGUGUUCCACUAUCUGAGGUAUCAAUUAAUACCAUGGAAAGCAAGAUGAGGCCAAACCUAUUCUUUGCAGGGGAGAUAUUAAAUGUAGACGGAAUUACUGGUGGAUUUAACUUUCAGAAUGCUUGGAGUGGUGGCUACAUUGCAGGGACAAGAAUUGGCGAACUGGCAUCAAGACAGCCAGUGAAAGGAAAUUCUGUGAAAGAAACCUGAUACCUCCAAAAUGAUUUGCAUAGUCAACACGAUCCAAGUUAAAAGGAGUAUACAUCUGGGUGCAAAGAUUUCAAAGCUGCAACUGGGGGAUCUUUCAUGAAAGUGCUACUUCUUCACUGGAUGCCUCCUGGUCCACAAGGUUGUGUAUAGCAAGCCAUCAGUGUUCGGCCAACUUCCUAGCAUCGGCAUUACACCAAUUAUCAGCUUUCUAAUGCCUCAAUGAAUUCUCUCUAUGCAUCAAGGAGAACUCAGAAAUGAGUGUUCGAGCUUGAUUCAAAGGCUUCUUAAUAUAUAUGACUAACACGAGCAUCUUGUUAGCAGUGGUUUACAGAUCCCUCCUCAUGUGGUGGCACUUAGUUUGGGAGCUCAUGAGUACUGGAAAUGAAAUAUGAAUAUGAAACCGAAACUACUGGUGAAUUUGGUUGGGUAAAUUGGAUACUGCUUCUUUGUCUUGUGGGAUUUAAUUUUUCCUUUGGACCAAUUCUGGGCUCUUAGCACUUCCAGUAGGUUAGUAAUAAGUCUGAUGGUUUCUGUUCUGCCUCUAAUGGUUGUUGCAUUAUCUUUACCUGUAUAAUUGACAUCUUUAUGCAGAUGUAUAUUUUAUUUGUAGUAAGUUAUUGUUGAAGUUAUUUUUUAUUAAA